AUGGACACAUUCUUGUUUGACAUAAAGAAAAUGAAUGAAGAAGAAAAUCUGAACAUUAAUUCAAUUCCUCAUGACUUUAUAUUACAGUGGAUACUUGACCAUGACAUUGACAAUUUAGGAUUGGACCUAACAUUUUCUGUUGAGACUGAUGUGUUUGGUGUGAUGCAGGAAGUAGAAUUAAAACCUGGAGGAAGUCAUAUAACAGUGACAGAAGAAAAUAAGACAGAGUAUGCUCAGUUAGUAACAGAAUUAAGAAUGACAAGAGCUAUACAGCCACAGAUAAAUAGCUUUCUAUCUGGUUUCCACCAAAACAUUCCACAAUCACUGAUACAGAUGUUUGAUGAGUAUGAAUUGGAGUUGAUGCUGUCAGGUAUUCCAGAGAUAGAUAUUAGUGACUGGGAGAAACAUACAGAAUACAAUGGCUAUGAUAGACAAUCUCCUGUUAUCCAGUGGUUUUGGGAAAUUGUUGAAGAUUUCAGUCAAGAAAACAGAGUAUUGCUGCUUCAGUUUACUACUGGCAGUUCCAGAGUACCUUUUGGAGGUUUUGCUAAGUUUGUUGGUGGAGGAGGUCCACAACAUUUUACCAUAAAUAUAGUUCCUUAUAAAGAACAUACAUUACCUACAGCUAGUACUUGGUAA